AUGCUGGUCUUCGUAACAGGGGCUACGGGGUUUAUCGGCCGCGCCACCGUCGAAGAACUCCUCACCCACGGCCACCAGGUGCUCGGCCUCGCACGCAGUGACGCCAGCGCCGAAACUCUCACUCGACUCGGCGUCCAAGUCCACCGGGGCAGCCUCGAUGAUCUGGAGAGUCUGAGUUCCGGCGCAAAGGCCGCGGACGGAAUCAUUCACCUGGCCUUCCACCACGACUUCACCAACUAUCGAGCCUCUGCUCUACUGGACCAGGCGGCCAUUCGAGCCAUGGCGUCCGCCAUCGCCGGCACGGGAAAACCUCUCGUCAUCGCGUCGGGCACGCUGCUCGCGUACCAGGGCAAGUUGGCGCACGAGGACGACGAGCCUGACCGCAGCACGCCCUUCUCCAUCAGGCAGGAGUCCGCGGAUCUGGUGACCAAGCUGUCAACCGAGACGGCGAUUCGAGGCUCCACGGUGCGUCUGCCGCCCACGGUGCACGGGAAGGGAGACUACCAAUUCAUUCCCAUGAUCGCGGAGGCGGCGCGGAAGAUCGGCCACGCGGUCAUCAUUGGCGACGGGGCGAACGUGUGGCCCGCGGUCCAUCGACUCGACGCGGCUGUGGCUUUCCGGUUUGCGCUGGAGAAGGGCGCGCCCGGCGCGAUUUAUCAUGCUGUUUCCGAGGAGGGCGUUCCAGUGAAAGACAUCAUGGGAGUAGUGGGCAGGCGGCUGCAGAUUCCCGUGGACAGCAAGACGGUGGAGGAAGCAACAGCGGACCUUGGCUUCAUCGCACUCGCGCUCGCAGCUGAUAAUCCUACGUCGAGUGAGAAGACGCAGAGGGAGCUGGGUUGGAAUCCGGUGGGCAGUGGCCAGCCGGGCCUGCUGGCGGACUUGGAAGCCAACUACUUUGACUGA